CAAAUUUGAUUUGAUGUUUAGAAUAACGUGAGUGUCAAUUAUCUCACAAUCACCAACCACCAAACGCUAAACCAAAAUAUAUGUUAAUGAAUGAGAAAAAGUAUCACAUUUGGUGUCAGGGAAGAGAAACUUACGCGAUCUUCAAUCAGUAUCCAAACUACUCACCCAAGGUCAGGGCUUGGUGAAUUAAUUAGUGGCCAAAUUCCUAUAAUAUAUAAAGAUUUUAGAGUUAGUUGAAGAAAAUUAAUCACUCUGCAUUUAAACAUCAUAAUAGAAAAACAACAAAGUCCGCAGCACAUUAUACUUGUUGUAGGUUCCAAUUUCUGCACCAUGUUUCAGGUUAUAUUUGGUUGGUAUCGAACCUCAUAAGGCUUUUGUCACUUUAUUUGUCUCCCCACUCCUCUUUCUAUCCUUUCUCCUUUCCUAUUAAUUAGUUUGUAAGAGGUGAUAUUAACCUAGGAUAGAGAAAAGACAUAAGUUAAAGCAAUGAAUUCAAAAAAAUUAGCUAAUUGUAUUAACGAAGAACCAUAAUAUAUCACCCUGACUUAAGGGGAACCAUAAUAAAUAAGCAAAUUUACCCAAACAAAAAAAAAGUAACAAAGCAGCAAAUAAAGGACAACAUCCAGGGUAAGAACCAAUAAAAAGAUGUUGUUCUUGAAAAAUAUGCACACUCUGAUGACAACAACGAUGAUGCAUGCAGAGCAUCUAUCUGAACUGGGGUUUCAACUUUCAAACUCUAAACACCCAAAUUGGUUGAGCAAUAGAUAGGUAUUCUCAAUUCGGAGGGUGCAUUCGAAAGAGCAGCUACCAAAACCAGAAAAUGCAAUCGAAAGAGCAAAAAAAGAAACUGCAUUCAACCUUUCAAUUACCUCGGAUGAUGAAGCGAGCAAACUGUAUCAAUUUUCAUGAAUAGGGAGCAAAAGAUCAAGCAUCGUGCCUCUUUGGCUAUGGUACGUCUGGACUCAACACAAAAGACAUCAGCUUUUUUUUCUCUCCACUUUCCACCCAGAUUUGAUUGAAUUAAAGGAAUUACCCGAUCUCUGUUCUUUGUUGAAUUGGGAUGAUGACUUCAAUUCGAUUGCAGAUAUUGGUGUGAUAACUGGGGCUUCACUUGUUCAUCUUCCCUCCCUUCGCGGCAGGAGCUCGAAGCAUAUACAAAUGCGGGAAUUAAAGCAAUUAGCUUCGACGGCGUACCGCGGCGUGGCUGAAAUUCCUUCGACAGACUCGUGGUAGAGAUGAUGGGAGUUAGGCGACGGGCUAUUGUAUCGGAAUUUGGUGGAGGAGAAGAAGAGGUUUCUUGAACCCUUUGGCUGCUCCGCCCGUAACUGAACCACCAGAGAAUACCUAGUCUGGCGUUGCUCGCGGUAGGAUCGACGAUCAGUGAAAGUGAGCGGGGAGGGAUAAAUUAAAUGGGCCGGAAUGAAGACCCAGGUGUUUGUUUUUACAUUUUGCGCGCAGCCCAGGCAAGGUGCAGGCCGGCAGACAGCGGAGAAAUUUUUUGCCGCUACUUCCAAAAAUACCCCUCCGAGAAACGCUCUGGAAGCAGGAAUUUUGAAAUGGGGGUUCUGUUUUUUGCUUCGACGUAUUAUAGUUUGUGUUGAUUAUAAGUAGUCUGGAUACCAAUUGCUAUCGGGGCCGGCGGCGGUUUCUUCUCGCAUUCCUAGGGUUUGUCUUCCUCGAUUUCAAUCCGAUCAACAUGCCUUCCACUUCUACAAUUCUCGUUUUUAUGGUCUGGAUCUAAUUCGUCUUCGAAACGUUAUGGUUGCAGGGUUUUUGGGAUCAGACGAGCAAUGGACGAACAAGGCUCCGAUAACAUAAAGAAGUGGAUUGUGCUGUAUCCGGUCUACAUGAACUCCAAGAAGACCAUCGCCGAUGGAAGAAGAAUCGGCGCUCUGAAGGCUUGCGAGAAUCCCACUUGUAUUGAGAUUGCCGAUUGCUGCAAGCACCUCAGCCUCCGCUGUGCAAUUGAGCUUGAUAAAGCGUAUCCACGGGAUUUCAUGCAAAGAGGGAGGGUGAGAGUGUUGCUGAAAAGGGAAGAUGGAACGCCCUACAAUCCUUCAAUUCCUACCAGAAAAGAACUAAUGCUCCGUGUAGCUGAGCUGGUUCCUCGGCAUCCAGGACGAACCAGGAAGCAGGAACCUGCAUCUACAUCAAGUUCUGGAGCAUCCAAGUCUGAAAAGGGUAGAAAGAAGAAGAGGUAGUAGCUCCUAUAGACGUCAUCUUUUUGACAGCGUAGGUCAUGCUAGAGCGGAGCCGCUAUGAAAGCGAUGCCCUGCAACUGUAUCUGAGAAAUCAGUUCACUGACACAUGUAUUUAUUUGUCUCUACAACCAUUCAGAGUGUAUUUCACAGAUACUGAAAGAAACUUCUGAACCAACCUCCGGGUAGAAACUUGUUCGAGCUUAGUUUGAUUGGAACAUAGAUGAUGUUGUCUCCUGCAACAGGGUUUUCCAUUUGCAGUAUUACUGUCCAGUUGUGCUGAUGGUUGAACU